UAUAAAUUCAGUCCUCUGCCUCACAGUGAAAGAACUGGCUCGAGCUCAGUAAGCUGCCGACCACCUCGGGGAAGGAAGUUUUCUCUACUCAGAUCUCUUUGGAGCAACCUGAAGACAGGAGCGUGACUGAAGGAGACAGCAAUUCACUGUGAAUGUCUUCACAGAACAUUGGCACUCAAGAGGGCAAAGUACAGACCAUGGCCACAGAACAGUACAUUGCUGAAGAGCUUCCACCCAGAGGUGAAAGAAGGCAAGAUCUCCAAGAGAUGCUGACAGAAGUUGGACUGGCUGCUGAAUACUGGUUGCCCAAGCUGCAGGAAGACCUGGGAGUGACCUGUGCCGAGGCCUUACAACAUCUGGAAGAAAAAGACCUGCAGAAGCUGGAAUCACAGGUACAACAUCCUUGGGAGAAAAAGGCCCUCAAAAAGCUCCUUGCCAUGUCACCUUCACAUAACCUUUCAAAAUUACAGGAGUCUCAAGAGGAGAUGAUCAACAAAAGGCAGAAGCAGGCAGAACAGGCCCUGCAGGAGCUGAGGGGCUUUCUAUCAGAAGGGAGGCAGCGACAGGAAGAGGCAGUGAGGACAAAAGAAGCAGAGCUGAGGCAAGCAUUAGAGAUUCCUGAAGAAUACAGGCUACCUCCUCAAAAGUCCCUAACAGAAGUCAUAGAAAACAUGCAGAGACAACUUAACCUUGUAGAGGGGACACUGUCCCACAGGCAAAACCUCCCAGACAAAGAUCUACUUAUGUGGGCAUCUGGGGGCCUGGCCCUUCAGGGAAUUUUCAAAACAUGCAACCAAGGCGACCUAAUAGAGAAGAGAGAAAAGUUACUCAGUGUCCCCAAGAAAUUCUCACUUUUUGGUCCUGAGCAGGGCCAACGAAUGGAAACAAAGGAAUUUAUUUCUUCCCAAGCAGAAUCCAUAUUCACUCAGUCUAUUGAGAAGCUGGGCUUUAGUAUAACUACCUCAGCCAAGAAAGGAGGUGGGGGAUUUAGUCUAGAAGGUGGUAUGGAUUGUAGCAAACAUUCAGAAUCCAAGAAAACCAAACAAUCAAGAUCUGAGCACUCAUACUUCUGCUCAACCAAGUUUAACUAUGUUCCCCUGGCCUCCUUCCACUUUGCCAUGGACCAACUCCAAUUCUCUAAGGCUGCUCUCCAGGAACUGAAAUGCAUGGAAGACCUUCUGGAUCGAAACUCAGGUCCAGACAGAUUCUUCUCAUUGAGAGGCAGGAGUGAAGACUUCUUCCACAGGUUUGGCUCUCAUGCAAACCAAGGCCCUGUGCAUCUAGGAGGGAUCUACUGGUGGAAGGCCAUUUCAGAAGGUUUCCAAAGUGAACAACUGGAAGAAGUAAAACAGCAGUCAGCAGAGGCCCUGGAUCUUUACAUAAGUGGCAGCUACUGUGGCUUACCAGUGAAAGUUGCUGCAGGUAUGAAUGUUUCAGGCUCUCAUUCAAAAACAGCCUCUCAAAGCAAAAUGUUUAAAACUCUCCAAGCCAAAAUCCAACUAUCUGUGGCCCACACAGGUGGCCCACCAGAAGCAGAAGGCCUUGUCCAGUGGAAAACUGGCCUCAUUGCCAGCAAUCAAACCUGGUGUGUCAUUGACAGGGGACUUCAGCUAGUACCCAUCUGGGACAUUAUCCUUUUCAGUCACAGAACUGAUUUUAGGGAUCCUCUUCAGCUGGCUAACUAUCUCAAAGAGAGCUAUACAGCUCUGACUAGUCUCAAGAUCCAGGAUGGAGGGGAAUUUCUGAGUGCUGGGAAAGAGGUUAGGCUAUUCUUAGAGGAUGUGAAACACUGGGAGGUAACUGACCCUGAAGAGCAGCUUAAAAAAAUAAUAUAUUUCAUGCAAAAGUUGAGUCAAAACAUAAAAAGUUAUGAUGUUUGGAUCAAUACAUGCCUCACAGAUUGGGACCUGCAGAAUUUUCUAGUGAACACUGUCAAUUUUUGCAAGGAAUCUCCCAAUUAUAAAACUAAAUUUAUUAAAUCUCAAUUACGCAGCCUUCUGGAUCCACACAUCUACCAUGUGACAAACUUCCCUCAGGCUCACUCCAUCAUGCAGUGGAUCUUCCAGUCAGAGUCAGAACAGAAGCAAAUCAACAUCUCCCAAUUUUCUGAAUUAGUUAAAAUCUUAAAAGAAACCAAGAAAGACCUCAUGGAAUUGAAGGUAAUUAAAUCCGAGUUGCCAGAAAUAGAGGAGGAUGCUCAAAGAAAGGUCACUUAUAAUGUCAGCUUGGCUCUCAGCAGCUUCCUUAAUUACCUCCAAGAAACAGGCCAGCCAGACACACAGGCCUUGCUGCUUUCCAUUGCCAUUGGUGCAGGAUAUCAUGAGGUAAACAGGACUUUUGGGCAUCCUUUGGGGUGUGAUGAGUUAAACUUUCUACUGCAUGAAAUACAAGCUGCCCAAGAUAAAUACCAGGAACUAAAAAAUAUUAGCAGCUCUAGGGCUCAGGCAUUUUUGAUACUCACAAGUCUGACAACCACAAUUGGAAUCACAGCUAUUACUCCAGAAGAUAAAACACAACGCCUGACCUUAAUGAGACAAUGCAUGGGACAACUGUUGACUAAAGAAGUUACACAUGUCCUCACCAAGCUUGGAGCAGAACAUAAUUGGGAAAACCUAGAGAAAGACUUGAGAUUGCUCAUUGAUGGGGAUUAUGAAGCCACCAUUUCUUCUUUGCAAAUAGAUGAUGUGAGAAACCAAUUGCAAAGCCUAUUUAGUGGAAAGAAACAGCCCCAUAAACCACGUGAUAAUGAAAAUAAGGAGCAGGAGGUCAUAGAAAAUGGAGCCUUUCUACACUUACUCCAACGUCUAGGCCUAGAACACUACUAUCCAAAACGAAUGAAGAAAACAAACUUCCAUCUGAUCUACAAGAAGGCUGUAAACAACACUCAGCCCAGCUCUGAGCAGGAUCUUCCCUUCUAUUUUCUACAGAAGCUACUAAUGUUGGAUUAUGGCCUGAGAUACUUGGUCUUCAAAGAUUACAGAAACACAGAACACCAAGUCUAUCCAAGUGUCUCAAAUGAGGUUUUUGACCCCUAUGUAGACUUUCUUGAAGACAGUCACAGUUCCACUAAACUUUUGACCACUGAUUCCAGACCCCACAUUCACCCAAUGGAUAUCCAAAUGGCAAUUUUUCACUGUGCAGAUGAUUUUGCCAGACAAUAUAUUUUGACCAAACUUAGCAUUUGUCAGUUUGCUCUUCCCCUUAUAGUGCCUAAUCCCUGCACUUCUCAAAUUGAAUUUUCUCUAUGGUCCCUUGGUCAUAUUAGGAAAAGUUGGCAGCAAUCAAGAAAAUCACCAGAAGGAAACAUAUGCUACAAGAAUCAGCAGAUGUGUCAAGUCUCUACCCCCAUUGUGUCCUUCAUUAGAGUUGGAAAUGACCUCUCUGCUUCCAAAUCUCAGAUCAUGAACUGUCUUCUCAGUAAACGUAAACACGAUGUGUUUUUCCAUCGGCACUGCAAAGGAAGCAGCAAAGACUGUCUCCUGAUGGGAGGUGUGGUAGAAAUCUGCUGGUUCUGUCCUGGGGGAGAAGAUGAUGACAUAUUUGACAAUUCCAUGACCUUCACCAAUCUCCAUGGAGAUGCAAAGGAAUAUCAGCAGCAGCUCACCUUCCUAAAAGAGAUAUCUUCUCUUACUGUGGUCCUCAUGUCAGCUUCUGAUGAAAAUACAGAAAACAGAAAAAUUGUCCGAGACCUGUGUCAGUCACCUAGACCUUUGAUCUGCUUGCUUGAUGACAAAGAAAAAAUCACGGCUAAUAUUUCUGGCCCAAAAGUAAGAAUUGGCAUCAAAAAUAGAAAUGAGGCAGAAUUAACAGAGGAGCUCACAACUACAAUCAGACGUUUGCUAGAGCUCUCAGUCACUGCUCUCACCUUAGAGGAGUGUGCUAUGAUUGCUCACAAGCAUGGGUUCCUUAUUGAUGAAAACCAAGAAGACUGCAAGGAAGCCAAAGAAAAGGCACAGACUCUAAUGGCCAUCCUGAAAGAAACAGAGUUAUCUCAAGUCAAGGAAAACUUACUACCCCUCCAGGGACAACUGUGGCACCUGUGGUGUAAGAAAGACAAAGAACUCUAUCAUCUGAGAGAAAAGGGGAAUCGAAGCAUUGAACAACACAAGAGUGAGAUUGAGACAGAGAAACAAAAUAUUCGACAUCGACAGCUGACCAGAGCAUUUCCUCCAAAUAAUUUAAUGCGAUUUUUUGUUCAAGUUCUCCAAGAAUAUUCAGAAAGCCACACCAAAUUCUACUUCUUGCAGUGGCUCAGUGUGUUUCUGGAUAACCUGACUGCAGGACACUUGGAAAGACUUCAUGAGAAGCAAAGAUAUUUGUGGUCACUGGUACAAACAGAAAAGAAGAAGGCAUCAAAGAGUGUUCUGCAAUACUGGCAAAGGGAGAUAGAAGACAUCUCCACAAAGAUUAGUAACUGUACCUUGGAAAUUGAUCAGAUUCUCCGAGAAAUUGGCCAGAUCUAUGAAGCUCUGGAAGAGGCAUCCUCCAUAAAUGAUUCCCUGUUUCUCUCCCUUCCCCAAAUUGCUGCAGACCUGAUGAUAUCUGGGGCACCCAUUGAGCUGAUGGAUGGGGAUGUGUCAUAUGUGCCUCUAAAGUGGGUGGCAGCUGUUUUUGACAAGGUCUCUGAGAAACUUGGAGACAAACGUCUAUUUGUCCUCUCAAUUGUUGGCCUGCAGAGCUCAGGGAAGUCCACCCUGCUGAAUGCCCUUUUUGGGCUGCAGUUCACUGUCAGUGCAGGCAGGUGCACCCGGGGGGCCUACAUGCAGCUCCUGAAGGUGGAGGAGACCUUCACAGAGGAACUGGGCUUUGACUUUGUGCUUGUAGUGGACACACAAGGACUUCGAGCUCUAGAAUUCAGCAAUAGAUCCCAGAAUCGAGACAAUGAGUUGGCAACCUUUGUCAUUGGACUUGGAAACCUGACUCUCAUCAAUAUUUUUGGAGAGAACCCAUCAGAGAUGCAGGAUAUCCUGCAAAUAGUUGUCCAAGCCUUUCUAAGAAUGAAGCAAGUGAAAAUAUCCCCAAGUUGCCUCUUUGUACAUCAGAACGUGGGAGAAGUUACAGCUAAAGACAGAACCAUGGAAGGGCGAAGACGACUAGAGCAGAGACUGGAUGAAAUGGCAGCCAUAGCUGCAGAACAAGAACAGUGCUCAGACGUAACUCGCUUCAGUGAUGUCAUUAAGUUUGAUGUCAGUACCCACGUCUACUACUUCGCCCAUCUCUGGGAUGGCAAUCCCCCAAUGGCCCCUCCCAAUCCUCGCUACAGCCACAACGUCCAGGAACUAAAAACCAGAAUUCUUAUGACUGCCAAACAAGAAUCCAGAGGAAGCAUUAUGAAGAUAUCAGAUGUAAAAUUCAGAGUUCAAGAUUUGUGGAGGGCCCUGGUGAAUGAGAACUUUAUUUUCAGUUUCAGGAACACCCGAGAGGUCAUGGCCAUGAGUAAACUGGAAACCAUGUAUAACCAAUGGACCUGGGAGCUGAGGAGUCACGUGCUGAGCUUGCAGAACCAGCUGAUGAACCAGAUUCAGAAUGGAAAAGUACAGAUAGUCAAAAUAAGUACACUUGAGGCUCCUGUUACAGAAAAAUAUGAAGCUAUCAAGAAAGAACUUGACAAGUAUUUUAAUGAAGACCCAGACAGUGAAAUACUAGUUCAAUGGAAAGCAAAUUUUGAACAGAAGCUAAUAAUCCUUAAGGAGGGACUAAUUACAGACAGCAAAAGAAAAGCUAAUGAACUUAUUAGUCUUAAAAAAAGUCAAGAAAGGCUGGAAAAGAAAAAGACAGAUUAUGAAAAUGAGAUAUUGGAGAGAAGCCGAAACUUGGCUUUAACUGUAAAGGAUAAAGAAUUAAGUGAGGAAGAGUUACAUGAGAAAUUCAAUCCACUUUGGGAAAAAUGGGUCUGUGAUGUGUCCUCAAAUCUCCCUCAAGUUAAAGAGCCAAACAUUGAUGUGGAUUCUGAACAUAUCUUGUGGGAACAUUUCAAGAAAGAAAUAAACAUUGUGGGCAAACUUAGGAGUAAUUAUAGAGAGAAGUUUCAAAUCAAUUAUGAUGAACAUGUCAAGAUGACUAAGACAUAUAUGGUUUUCAAAAGGCAAUUAGAGGUUCAUGAUAAAGAUUCCAUUGAUAUAACUACUGAGCGCAUUGUUUCAAGAGUUAAUGAAACUAUUAAUAACAUUCAGAGGCAGCAGCGUGAUUACAGCCCAAGUGAUUUCCAUGAAAUUCUGAGAAUAGUUGAUGAAGAAGUGAAAUCUUCAUGCACUGGAGAAAGAUAUACAUUUACAAGUAAAUACAACAUUGAUUUAUCUUUGUGCUUAUUCCAAAGAGCAUCAGAAGAGUUUAAGGAAAUACACAAUGCAUUCAAGAGGGCAAAUGAUCCUGUAAAUUACCUAGAAAACAAGAAAGAUGAUUUUUUCAUGAGUUUCAAGAUCUCCUGCCAGGGAGCAACCUCCAUCAAAACAUUUGUUGAUUUUCUGUGGCAUAAGCUCACUCCUGCUGUUUCCACCACCAUAUGGGAAAAAAUAAUACCAAACAUGGCUGGAGACAUGCGAGCUACCUGCCCUGCCUUCAACGGAAACAGGACUAACCUCGAGAAACAUAUUCUCAUCUCUCUGGCUGAGGAAGAAAACUUUGAUAGUUACUGGCAAUACCUUCAUAAGUCAGAAUUAUUUUUUAGGAGUUAUAUUGAAAAACAUAUUAAAAGAUAUUAUUCAGAGAAAGGAGCUGAAAAAAUGAAGGCUUUUGUAAAAAUAAAUUUAGAGGACAUCAAGAAUGCCAUUCUCUCUGCCAUUCUUGAAUCUACAAGAAUAUCUAAAGAUAAAAGUAGUACCGCAUCUGAAUGGCUGGAUCUCUUCUGUGAUCACCUAGGGAGCAAUAUAAUCUUUCCCCGAAGAGACUUGAUUAGCAUUGAGCACCAGGAGAUAAAAGACAUCGAAUUUCUCAAGGAAGCCAUGAGUGCAGCUUUGGAUCCUGCAAUGAAGGCAAUAGGACAGGCUUUUUCAGGUAUGCCUGUAGAACUGUUGGUUCCUAAAAUUGAGAAAAUGCUCUCUGAACAUCUCUGUGGCUGCUGGAAACAAUGUCCCUUCUGUGGAGCAAUUUGUACAAACACAAUUCCUACACAUGAUGGAGACCAUAGUGUUCCCUUCCAUCGUCCUCGAGCUGUUGAUGGAGGGAUAUGGUAUAACACGGACCACUUCUGUGUUGAUUGCUGCACUAGUUUGGUAGCAAGUAAUUCUUCCUUUGUUUUUAGAGAGUGCAAGGAUAUACCAUUUAAGAACUAUCGAAAGGCAGGGGGGAAAUAUGCCACGUGGAGCAUCACCCCAGACUCAUCCAUGCAGCCAUACUGGAAAUGGUUUGUCUCUCACUUCAGAUCAAAGCUAGAAGAAAAAUAUCAGAAAAAAUUUAUCGGUAAAGGUAAAAUCCCUGAUGCAUGGACCAAGAUUACAAAACAGGAUGUGCUUGACGACUUGAAAAAACUGUAAUAUUCAAAGACCACAAAAGACCUUACUAAAUUGUUAUCUGAAAUAUUGUUUUUAUUUUAAAAUAUGUAAAUUCUUAGAGGAUGUCAGUUUAAAAAACGAAAAUCAAAAUCACUGUAUGCAGCUAUAACUAUCUAUAGAAUAACUUUAUAGACAUGUGAACCAACAUUCAGAUCUUGGUUAAAAGUUAUAAGAUAUGUGCAUUUCUUUUAAAAAAAAAACUGGAUUUUUUUCACCAUCUAAAUUUGUGAGAAAAAAAUUAACCCUUGAAUGUAAAAACAUCUCUAGAAAUAAAGCUCAUGGUUCUCAAGUAUCA